AUGGCGGCGGCCACCGAGACAUCAACCGAACCAGUGCACAUCCUCGUCUUCCCUUACCCAGCACAAGGCCACUUAAUCCCUCUCCUCGACUUCACCCACCACCUCGCCGCCCGCAGCGCCGGCCGUCUCAAAAUCACAAUCCUCGCCACCCCUAAAAACCUACCGCUCCUCCAGCCGCUGCUCUCCCGCCACCCUUCCACCAUCCAGACCCUCAUCCUCCCUUUCCCUCCCCACCCUUCCAUCCCUCCCGGCGUCGAGAACGCCAAAGACUUCCCGCCGAACCUUUCCCACAAACCCGGCGGCGUCCACCUCCUCAUGAUGGCCGCCCUCGGCGGCCUCCGCUCCCCUCUCCUCCGCUGGUUUCAGUCCACCCCUUCCCCUCCUUCCGCCAUAAUCUCCGACAUGUUCCUCGGCUGGACCCACCGCCUCGCCUCCGACCUCGGCAUCCCUCGAGUCGUCUUCUCCCCUUCAGCCGCCGUCACUUUAUCCGUCGUCAACUACCUCUGGCGAUACAUGCCUGUCCUCCCCGAAGACCCCGAUUCUCCCUUCCCGUUCCCAAAACUCCCCAAUUCCCCCGCUUGGCCUUCCUCCCAGCUAUCCUCGAUCUACCGCUCCUACGUCGCCGGCGACCCUGUUUCCGAAUUCAUCAAAGACGGAUUUCUCGCCAAUAUGGAAAGCUGGGGAGCUGUUUUCAAUUCGUUCCACGCGCUGGAAUCGAAGUAUCUCGAUUACUUAAAAAAGGAAUUGGGGCACGAUCGGGUGUGGGCGGUCGGACCUAUACUCCCUCCCGCCGCCGCCUCCGGCGGCGACGGUAACGGAAAGGAUAGGGGCGGGGCCAGCUCCGUCUCGGUUGCCGAUCUCGAGGCGUGGCUGGGCACCUGUCCCGAUGACAAAGUCGUUUACGUCUGUUUCGGCAGCGAGGCCGUGCUAACGGCGGAUCAGACGGCGGCGCUGGCCUCGGGAUUGGAGAAGAGUGGGGUCCGCUUCGUGUGGAGCGUGAAGGGCGGGGGAGCGGGACACGUGGCGAGGGAGUUCGAGGAUCGGGUGGCGGGAAGAGGCGUGGUGAUUCGGGGGUGGGCCCCGCAGGUGACGAUACUGAGCCACCGCGCCGUGGGCGCGUUCCUGACUCACUGCGGGUGGAACUCGGUGCUGGAAGGGAUCGUGGCCGGGGUGGCGAUGCUGACGUGGCCGAUGGGCGCGGACCAGUUCAUCGACGCCACGUUGCUGGAGGAGGAGCUCAAGGUUGGGGUUAGGGUGUGCCAAGGGAAGAACUCGGUGCCCGACCCGGCCGAGCUGGCGCGGCGGCUGGCGGAGAUGAUGGCGGAGGAUGAGGGCCGGGAGGAGAGGAAGCGGGCCAAGGAGCUGAGCCGGGCGGCGGUGGAGGCCGUUGGAGAUGUCGGGAGUUCGACCAAAGAUUUGGAUUCGCUGGUCGAUCAUUUGGUCAAGUUGGCUACAUCUUCAGGCGCACAAAAAAGUUAG